AUGGUACAUUACAAAAGAACAAACAAGUUACGCCGAAUCGUCGGUUGUGGUGUAAUAGUAAUUUUAAUGAUGCACCUGUCUGUGAUUUAUUUCGAAAAGGAUACCUAUGAGGAAUCAGCACAAAUUCAAACGGGGUCAAAACAAGGUCAUCUAAUUGAUCGACGAAGUCAGAAGUACAAUGAAGUAAACUUUCCGUGUAUAGAGCCGUGGUGUGUCGUUACUUGUAUGAAUUUCUAUGGAGCCAUACAUGGCAAACAUUUAUCGCCCGAACAACGCAUUCACAUUGCUAUCGACAAAGGCCUGGAUAAUGAAACCAAUCAAUUGAUAUCGCAGUAUCCACCGCCUAAAACAUGUACUUACAGUAAUAUUAGUAGCGGCGCUUCAUUUCUUCGACAGCCAUACACGGUUAAUUAUUUCCCAUUAGCCUUUGGCUUCAUCGAAACAUAUCUUCUGGGCACAAUUUCUCAUACAGUUUACUACGAGGAUGAACAUCAGGUGGUGAAUGAAACAUGUAUACCCAAGAAAAGUAGAGAGUUUAGCCGAUUAGUACCAGGCGAUCUUACCACAUAUGAAUUUCAAUUUGGUGAUGAGGCCGAAUAUAAGCGGCAAUACAUGAGUGCGUAUUUUGCACUUACCAAGAAAAAAGGUGGAUGGGAUUGCAACAGGCAUUACGAAAUUAUAGCAUCUGCAGCUAUGCCAUAUUUUGAGAAUCUGAAUGAGUCAGGAAGCUACACGUUAGCUCACUUGCCCAAGUCUCUGUUAAAUGACGCUCGUAAUAUGUAUGGUAUUAAAAGAACUGAAAUGAAAUUAGAUCACGCUGUUUUUAACUUCACACACUACUUUAUCCUAUUGCAUCGAUUAAUCUACUAUUCACGGCACCGCUUAACAACCCGGAAAAUGACAGAAUACAUGCUAAAAACAGUGAACUAUUCCCAACAUCAAAAUAUGUCUGCGAGAAAUUCUGUUCUUUAUAUAUCCCAUGCCUCACCCGAUUAUAUGAAAGACUUGAUGUUACAUGGCUUUACGUUGAUAUUUCAAGAGAAUCUAUAUGUUUAUGAACCACCCGAGUUCAUGUAUAAGUAUUCAUCUAAAAAUACGUGGACGUUUAACAACACUCGAAAUUACUACAGAAAAGCACUUUACGGGCUAGGGUAUGGAUACGCUCUGUCUCUGAGAAAUUAUGAACAUCUUUGGAGACGAGACAAAGCUGAACUAUCAAGCGAACGAGUUGUAAAGCAAAAUAUUCUGCAUCGUAAAUACGAUUUGAUAGUAUUUGGAUCCAUAAUUCGGGAAAACAGAUUGUUCGAUUUCGUAACUCAAUACUACGAACAAUACAGAAUCAUUGUAAUCGAUGGUGAGGACGAAACGAAAGACAUCCGAAGGUCACAUUAUGCAAGAUAUGCAAUGUAUUUUUUAAGAGAAAUACCAGAUGAUUGCAACAAAUUUUCUUAG